AUGAUGACUCCAACUGCACCUCACACAUCAGCAGCAAAACUCCGCUACCUGCUCUCAACCCUCCCCCUCGUCAUCGCUCCUGGCGUGUUUGACGGCAUCUCCGCCCGUCUAGCCAUCAAAACCGGCCAUCAUGCCCUCUAUCAAACUGGAGCAGGCACUUCCGCCUCCCGCCUAGCCCGGGCCGAUCUAGGUUUUCUCUCCCUGUCAGACAUGACUGCUGCUGCUGGAGUAUCUAUCACUGCCGACCCCUCCCUUCUCACCCCUGUAAUCGCUGAUGCAGAUACAGGGUUCGGCGGGCCCCCUCAAGUCGCUCGUACCGUUCUCGAAUAUCAUCGUGCCGGUAUAGCUGCACUGCAUAUCGAAGAUCAAGUGACGAACAAAAGAUGUGGUCAUUUGAAUUCGAAGCAACUCGUGGAUACGGAUACGUUUAUUUCCAGGAUUACAGCAGCGGCAAAUGCGAGCAACUCUCUCCCCUGUCCGAAAGAGGACAGGAUCCUGAUCAUUGCUCGAACUGACGCUUUAGCUGAUCUGGGGUUAGAAGAGGCGAUAGAAAGGCUGAAGAAAGCGAGGGAUGCUGGUGCCGAGAUGGGCUUUUUAGAAGGUCUAAGGAGUGACCAAGAAGCACGAACAGCAAUCCAGGCGUUAGCUCCCUGGCCACUGCUAGCGAAUUGUGUUACAGGGGGGAAAAGUCCGUUAUGGACAGCAAAAGAGGUAGAGAGAUUAGGGUUUAAACUUGCUAUCUUCCCAACAGCGGGGAUUUUUGCGGUACAGAAGGCUCUAGAGGCAAGUUAUAGCAACUUGGCUGAGAGAGGGAUUGGGAUUGAGGCGGAAAAGGGAGAAGAGGGGAGGGUGGAUCUGGGUGGAGCAGAUUCAGCUGGAUUAAGGAAGUUCUUUGUUGAUAUGGGAUUGGAGGAUGAGUUGGGGAUCGAUAGGCUAGCGGCGGGUGGGGCAUUGGGUGAUGCUUAA